AUGUUGGAUAUGUUCUCAUACAAGGACACUGUUGGACAGUUGGUUAGAAAGGCGUUUGUUGCUGAGCUUAUAAAUUCUACUUGGACUUAUGGGAAGGGCUUUGAGCUUAGCCUGUUUGUGCCUGCCAAUUUAUUGCAGAAUGGACCAGGUUUGAGUCAUAAGUUGGAAACUGAUUACUUGAAUGGGCCCCAAUGGUGUUGGGCUGGAAACAAGGCCCGUUUUGAUGGAGAGGGUUACAGUCAACACCAGCUCCACAAGCAUAGUCCAACAUUUUCUGCAGAAUCGCGUCGACUCCAUCUUUGCAAACGCAUCGAGUUGCACCAAGUUCCAAAUGUGAAAUUUGGAUAUCCAAUUGUUGAGCAGCUGGAAGCAUUCGAUCCUGGUGAGGGAGUCGAAAACGACGCUGCGGAGGACGUCGUGGCGGUGGAAGCCGAGCGACACGAAGUCGACCUCUGGAGAUUGAAAUCGUUAACGUCAGUCUCCCGUUGGCAUACCGGCGUACUCUGGUCUGAUUCAGUUAGUUUCGGAAUGGAUAUAAUCUCUCAGUUACAAGAUCAGGUUAAUUUGAUUGCACAUUUGGCUUUUAAUACCAUUGGGACAUUGCAAAGGGAUGCCCCUCCUAAUAGACUAUCGCCAAAUUAUCCGGAACCACCUGCACAUCCUACAGAGGAGGGGGCAAAUUUUUCAGUACAACCAAAACUGAUGAGUUCUACUUUGGUGAAGGCUGCUAAGCAGUUUGAUGCAUUGGUUGUUGCUCUUCCAAUAUCUGAGUCAGGUGAAGAAGCACAGCUUAAGAGGAUAAUAGAACUACAAGCUGAAAAUGAUGCAAUAGGCCAAGAACUUCAAAAGCAGUUGGAAGCUGCAGAGAAGGAAUUGAACCAGGUUCAUGAACUGUUUAGGCAAGCAUCAGAUAAUAGUUUGAACUUGAAGAAACCAGAUGACAAUUAG